CAAUGUGAAUUCCUCCACUGCUUCUCGCUUGAUUACCUUAUGGCUUUAGCCUUAGGGUACAGAAUUGAAAGCGUCUCCAACUUAAAACCUAAUUCCCAGUUUGUUCUGUUUUUGGAGGCAAAUUGUACAAAUUUGGUGUUGUCAUAUGCAAAUUACAAAUUGGAUUCUCUCUUCGUUCUCCAUGCUAUGUUCCAAAUAGACAUUCCUUUCAGUGAAGAAGUAAGUCCUGCUUACAUAGGCCAUUUAGAUUCUUUGUUGAAGAAAUUCUUUCCCACCUCAAUGAUGGGUGAUUUUUAUGUCAAAAUGGUGGUCGUGGGUGGAAGAUUUUGUUCUAAUUCUAUGUUGAUUGGUCAUCUUCGGUCUCGUUUCAAAUGCUCUGUAAACGAAUUUGACCAUAGAACCACUAUUAAGUAAGGAUGCGGCUGCAAUGUGUUGCAACAAGAUUUUGGCUUAUUUGGAGAGUCCUAUCAGAUUUUUUUCUCAGGACGAUGUUUUUGAGAUAAUGAAUAUAAAUGUUAUCUGGGGCAAUAAUUCCUGCAAUAGUUGUUGUGUUGAUCUCACAAACACAUGCUUUGAUGCUUCUCUCUAUCGUGAUGAUGGGAUGCACUUUGUGGAGAUUGAAGCUGGAGAUGAGAUCCAAAUGGCAUUUAAAGCUCGUGUGGAUUGUGUAAGGGAUGAAUUGUUCGGUGAGGAGGAAUAUUCAGAAGCUUUGAAAAUGAAAUGGAGGAACAAUAUCUCGAAUUUCCUGCUGACUAUAAGGCUGAACAUAAUUUGGACUUUGGGCCACGAGCGGUUGAAAACUGGUGCUUAUGUGGCCAACCUAUCUACCCCAAAUGCGCAAGUGGGUGCAGAUGGUGUAAAAUGAAGGGGCUGAAAGAAGGUGAAGUAUGU